AUGGCCAGAUAUCUGGUAAAUCAGCAUAUCGUUACCCCCAGCCAGCGGGACUCUCUCCAGGCUGAGCUCGUGGGGCGGAUGCAAGACGAAGGCCUCAGCAGGCUUGAAAUGUCGAUAGACCUUGACAGGAGAACCUUUGAGGCAUGGGAAACCAGGAUCUUCAACGAAUAUGAUGUAUUCCGCAACACGGACUAUAAGUCCAAGAACCACAUAAAAAGAUGGCUGAGGUAUCUCAGAAAAACCAAAUGCGGGCCUCCUCAGCUUCAGGAAGCAAAUAAAGCCAAUUCCCGGAGAGUUCCUAGCCAGGGAUCAAUCAGCUCCUCGUUUGGACCGCAGCCUGUUCCUGUGGCCGAUCCCUUGCGGCCACGAUUUAACCCCCUGAAUCCAAAUAUAUCAUCCUCAAAUCAUGCACCUAUAAAUCUCCCACGAAUACGCCUCCCACCUAUGCUUUUCCCAAAGCCACCGCGAGUCAAUCAGCAGCCAAUCGCUUUGCCGCUAGUUCAUAAACACGUACAAGGGCAAAUAAGCACUCCAGCCUCAGAAGUCUUGCCCACCAACGGUCUGCAUCGAGAGUUUCCGCCUUCACAAUCUACAUCUCAGCACUUCGCUUCUCUGAUGAAUCGACCUUCAAUGGAGCAAAGAUUCACAGUUUCAUCUACAACCUACCCGCAAAUGAGCUUUCUGACUCCAGGGAACCUGUCUACUAUUCGAGGCACAACGUACGUUUCCGAGGUCGAGAACACUGCUUCACGAAGGACAGGAGUAGUUCGAAGCGUCGAUUACGAUCGCUCUCGUAAAGCACAGCACCUACCCGAGGCCUCGCAAGUGGAUAUUAUUCAAUUGUCUCCACUUGACGAGGAUUUACGUGCUGAGCAUCUGAUUGAUCAGCCUCCCAUUAAUACGUUAUCAAUCGAUAAGCCAUCGAUUGCCAGGCCUAGCAUUGAUCAGAUCUCAAGCAAUCAGGCUCAAAUCAUCGAAGUGACGAGCGAUACACCCCCAGGAUUACCGGCUCGAGGAGCUCCACCGCCAGCAAAGCGUUCAGAUUUGGGGCACAAAACGCAGGGCCCAGAGUUCGCUUUGCCGAUGAAGCCAAGCCCCAGACAAUGGCGGUCCCAGAGUAUGCCAGCAAGACAGGGUGGUAGUGGUCAGUCAACGGAACGCGUGGCACUGGAAGCCGAAUUGCCUAAAAGCCCGCCAACUGAAAUCAUCGCAUCGGGAAGCGCAGUACCUGUGAGUCAGUCACAGAGAAACCAGUUACCGGGGAGUCAACCGUGUGAUAAUCAGCUGGUUCAAUCUCAGUCAACCUCAAGUACCACUUCUUCGAGUGUUCUGCCUCUCGCCGUUUCAUCUCUAUCUAAAGGCCCGGCAUCAUCAUCCCGACUGGCGCGACAUGCAACAUACCUCGAACUUGAUACUCCAUGCACUCAAGUGCCUAAAUCGAGCGAGAUGCAACUACAAAUCUACGACCUCGACAGACAAGACCUAUAUCCCAUUUCCGAAUGCAUUAGCCUGUCAGACAUUACAGACGACUUGAACCAGCAUUCUUUCUCAUGGGAGACGUUCCAGGAGCUUCUCGCCGAGACGGAGCUGGAAUAUUCUCUGACACAUCACUCGAUCCUAUGGCUGCAUCCCGAGUCGAGGACCGAUAUCCGUCUUCGGUCACCACGUAAUAUAAAAUCGGCGGUAGAGGCGUAUAGACGACUCGGUCACAGCUUGGUUCUUUGCGGCUUUUUUGAGACGCCGAAGCCUAUACUCACCAGAAGUGAUGUCCGGCAUGUUGAGGCGAUUUCACGAUGCAGCUUGACUUCGUGUGCGACGCCGCAGCCUAGUGAAGAGGGAAAAGAAACAGAGUGUAGUGACUGGAGGCGGGAAAAGGUGUCUCAUAACGCUUUUAAUCCUUGUGAAAUGGUUAUGCAGUCAAGCGGGCCUAGAGGCGAUGCUGUUGCUGGCCUUACAGCUCAGCAACCAAGUGAAGGCGAGGUCUUCCACCUAGCCCCAGCAUUGAACGCAUCGGAAGACAGAGGGCUUCAAAGCACAGGUAGUGCCGAAGCUGAUGGCGAUGUUCAGAAGGAAGGACAAGAAGAGCUGACCCUUGAGGAUACUGAAUCGCGUGACACGAACGUGCAUUCGAUCGAUAACGAGAGUUCUGACGGUCCUCUGACUCCUCGGAUGGCCAACGCAGAGGACUCAAUCGCGAUCGAAGACCCUUUGUCACAGAGCCGAACCGGUUCCCAACAAAGACGAUCUUUAGGUAGCGAGAAUUUUCUCAGCUCGUCAAGCAUCUCUCAGAGCAGCCCUGGCUGCGAGCAGCAGGAAGUUACAGCUCGCGAGGACAAUGAGUUCGGCCAGCCGAGCCAGCAGACGUGCGGGAAUAGCGAGCUGGGCUCGGCAGGAGUCUCUCUACCGCAGAAACGAGAUGCUCUCAAACGUAGACAAUCUCCAGACAGCAGCAACCACGAGGCGGAGGGCGAAAGACGGGAUAAGAGGCCGAGACUAGAGAUGAGCUCGCCGCAGCCUCUGGACGAGUUGAGAGAUACGAUUGUGGUGCAGCCAGCGUCCGGUCUGGUGCGAGACCAGGGACCAAGUCAACCGCUGGAAGCUCCAUCGGUUCAGAUGCCUUGCGCAAUUGAAAUCGAAGACGAUAUUGAGUACGAGAUCCAGGAUAUCGUUGAAGAGUUUUAUCAGAGGAGAGGGAGGGGCAAGGCCAAGAUAUACAGCGUCAAGUGGAAGGAAUUUGCAUUACCCGAAGAUACCGAUGCGGUCAACAUGAAGGAUACGGAGGCUCUUGAUCGCUGGGAGGAGUUUACAAGAGACGCCCGAUUGGCAGAUGGAACGCUACCUGACGGUUUCCGUCGCGAGUUGCAGGCCUAA